AUCAAAUUCUCCAAUUGCAAGAUCCUAUGUCAGAACCAAAUCCAGCUCUCGAUGAUGAAGUCCUCGCCCUCACCUCGAUCUACCCCGGCUCUCUAACCCCCUUCACCUCCAACCUCCCCUCCGUCUCCACCUACAUCUUAACACCCCCCGACAUCGAGCCCGCUCCCUCGAUCCAACUCAUCUUCCCUCACACUUACCCGGAGGAACCACCAGUGGUGGGCGCGUGUCAUGGCAUGGAGAAGGGGUUGGUGGAGGAUUUGUUAUUGGGGGGCGGGGCAUGGCGACUAGGCGAAGUUUGCGUUUUCGAAUUGUGCGAGAUGAUUCGGGAGUUAUUGCAAAACGACACGGGGGCUGACGACAUUGCGCAGCCAGCUGACCCGACACCUACAACCAAUGAAGCACCGGAAGGAGUCCAGUUAGAGUGGGCAAUAACAGAACCCAUUACAGACCGAAAAUCUGUCUUCAUCGGGCACGCGACACAAGUCCAUACCCAACAAGAAGCGAAAACCGCAUUGGCGGAUCUACUACACGAUAAAAAAAUCGCACGGGCGACGCAUAAUAUGGUUGCGUGGAGAAUCGUCACAGAAAGUGGUUCAGUCAUCCAAGACAACGACGACGACGGCGAAACAGCCGCCGGCUCCCGCAUGGCCCACCUCCUCGAACUAACGUCCGUACAAAACGUGAUCGUAGUCGUAUCUCGCUGGUACGGCGGUAUCCACCUCGGUGCAGACAGGUUCAAGCAUAUCAAUGCCGCCGCACGGGAGGCGUUGAGGAUUGGUGGAUUUCUGCCGGAGGAGAAGAUGAGAAAGGAGGAGAAGGGGAAGGGUGGGGGGAAGAAGGGGAAGAGAUAAGUUUGGACGCGGGAGUGUCGAGAGCAGAGAUGAUGCGGUCAGAGCGCAGCCGGAGCAUAGUAAUAGAGGGGCUACCAGAUUCGUCUUCGUCCGUCAUGCUAGCGCAGCUGUAUUCGCACGGUGCACCAGCACCGGAUUGGGCUCGCACACAGAUAAACCAGAACUCUAGUAGACGACCAACCAAUGAAAACUCUUAAGCGUGCAGG